AUGGAAGCUGAAAGUAGACCUGCCGGCGAAUCUUUGCAAGAAGCCACCCAGCGAAGGUUGCGGAGGUUUUCAGAGCUUAGAGGCAGAUCAAUGGCAGCUGGAGAAUUCUGGGACAUUGUUGUAAUAACAGCAGCUAAUGAAAAACAGGAACUUGCUUAUAAGCAACAGCUUUCAGAAAAGCUGAAAAAAAAGGAGUUACCCCUUGGAGUUAAAUAUCAUGUUUUUGCUGAUCCUCCUGGAGCCAAAAUUGGAAAUGGAGGAGCAACUCUUUGUGCCCUUCGAUGUUUGGAAAAGCUUUAUGGAGAUGAAUGGAAUUCUUUUACCAUCCUAUUAAUCCACUCUGAUGAAUGGAAGAAGAAAGUCAGUGAAUCUUAUGUUAUUGUAAUAGAAAGAUUAGAAGAUGACCUGCAGAUCAAAGAAAAAGAACUUACAGAACUGAGGCAUAUAUUUGGCUCUGAUGAUGCCUUCAGUAAAGUCAAUUUAAAUUACCGCACAGAAAAUGGUCUAUCUCUACUUCAUUUAUGUUGCAUUUGUGGAGGCAACAAGUCACAUAUUAGAACCCUUAUGUUAAAAGGUCUCCGCCCAUCUCGACUGACAAGAAAUGGAUUUACAGCCUUGCAUUUGGCAGUUUACAAGGAUAGUGCGGAAUUGAUCACUUCUCUGCUUCACAGUGGAGCUGAUAUACAGCAGGUUGGGUAUGGUGGCCUCACUGCCCUGCAUAUUGCUACAAUUGCUGGUAACCUAGAGGCUGCUGAUGUGCUUCUGCAGCAUGGAGCUAAUGUCAAUGUACAAGAUGCAGUUUUUUUCACUCCACUGCACAUUGCAGCAUACUACGGGCACGAACAGGUAACUCGCCUCCUUUUGAAAUUUGGUGCUGAUGUAAAUGUAAGUGGUGAAGUUGGAGAUAGGCCCCUCCACCUAGCAUCUGCAAAAGGAUUCUUUAAUAUUGUGAAACUCUUGGUGGAAGAAGGCAGCAAAGCAGAUGUAAAUGCUCAGGACAAUGAAGAUCACGUUCCACUCCAUUUCUGUUCUCGCUUUGGACAUCAUGAUAUAGUGAAGUACCUGCUCCAGAGCGAUUUAGAAGUUCAGCCACAUGUUGUCAACAUCUAUGGAGACACCCCUUUGCACCUGGCAUGCUACAAUGGCAAAUUUGAAGUUGCCAAGGAAAUCAUUCAAAUAUCAGGAAUAGAAAGUCUGACUAAAGAAAACAUCUUCAGUGAAACAGCUUUUCACAGUGCUUGUACUUAUGGCAAGAGCAUUGACCUGGUUAAAUUUCUUCUUGAUCAGAAUGUCAUAAGCAUCAACCACCAAGGAAGGGACGGGCACACAGGGUUGCACUCUGCUUGCUACCAUGGUCACAUUCGCCUGGUUCAGUUCUUACUGGAUAAUGGAGCUGAUAUGAAUUUGGUAGCUUGUGAUCCAAGCAGGUCUAGUGGUGAAAAAGAUGAGCAGACAUGUUUGAUGUGGGCUUAUGAAAAAGGACAUGAUGCAAUUGUCACACUUCUGAAACAUUAUAAGCGACCUCAGGAUGAAUUGCCCUGUAAUGAAUAUUCUCAGCCUGGAGGAGAUGGCUCCUAUGUGUCUGUUCCAUCUCCUUUGGGGAAGAUUAAAAGCAUGACAAAAGAGAAGGCAGAUGUUCUCCUCUUAAGGGCUGGCUUGCCUUCACAUUUCCAUCUUCAGCUCUCAGAAAUUGAGUUCCAUGAGAUUAUCGGCUCAGGUUCUUUUGGGAAAGUGUAUAAAGGACGAUGCAGAAAUAAAAUAGUGGCUAUAAAACGUUACCGAGCCAACACCUACUGCUCCAAGUCGGAUGUGGAUAUGUUUUGCCGAGAGGUGUCCAUCCUCUGCCGGCUCAAUCACCCGUGUGUCGUUCAGUUUGUGGGUGCUUGCUUGAAUGACCCCAGCCAGUUCGCCAUUGUUACGCAGUACAUAUCUGGGGGUUCCCUGUUCUCCCUGCUCCAUGAGCAGAAGAGGAUACUUGAUUUGCAGUCAAAAUUAAUCAUUGCAGUAGAUGUUGCCAAAGGUAUGGAGUACCUUCACAACUUGACACAGCCAAUUAUUCACCGUGACUUAAACAGUCACAAUAUUCUUCUCUAUGAGGAUGGGCAUGCUGUGGUGGCCGAUUUUGGAGAAUCAAGAUUCCUGCAGUCUCUGGAUGAAGACAACAUGACAAAACAACCUGGGAACCUCCGCUGGAUGGCUCCUGAGGUGUUCACACAGUGUACACGCUACACUAUCAAGGCUGACGUCUUCAGCUAUGCGCUGUGUCUGUGGGAACUUCUCACGGGAGAAAUUCCCUUCGCUCAUCUCAAGCCAGCGGCUGCGGCAGCAGACAUGGCUUACCACCACAUCAGACCUCCCAUCGGCUAUUCCAUCCCAAAGCCCAUAGCAUCUCUGCUGAUGCGAGGGUGGAAUGCGUGUCCCGAAGGAAGACCUGAAUUUUCUGAAGUUGUUAGCAAGUUAGAAGAGUGUCUCUGCAACAUCGAGCUGAUGUCUCCUGCUUCAAGUAACAGCAGCGGGUCUCUCUCACCUUCCUCUUCUUCUGAUUGUCUGGUGAACCGCGGAGGGCCUGGCCGGAGCCAUGUGGCAGCUUUACGAAGUCGUUUUGAACUGGAAUAUGCUCUAAAUGCAAGGUCCUGUGCUGCCUGGUUGCAAAGUUCUGGACAAUGUUCCACUCAAGGCCUGUCUUUGGAUGACAUGAAGAAAAGUCUUCAGUUCUCAACCAUUGACAAAUAUGGCUACGUGUCUGAUCCCAUGAGCCCGAUGCAUUUUCAUUCUUGCCGGAAUAGUGGCAGCUUUGAGGAUAGCAGCUGA